UGAGAAGUAGCGAGAAGAAGGAAGGUGGAGGUGGGCAGAUGACUCACGCGUCAUCACCGCCGGCAUCCCGUCGGCCGGACACGUGAGCCGCACGUGCAUGCACUUCACCUCCACCGCGUUGAAAUCACCUCGAUGUCACAACAACACCCUCCCCCAACACAAUGGCAUCCGGCGACGCGCCGCAGGCCCAGCGCCUCUACCGCGCCGGCAUGGAAGCAUACGGGCGCAAAGCGUAUGAAGAAGCGCUGAGCGCGUUCGACCGGGCCAUAGCCCUCGGCGACCGCAGCUGGAAGGUGCAGGACGCGAAAGCGGCCGCGAUGAACAAGAUGGGCGGCGCAUGGCGGAACUCGGCGUUCGAACUCUCCUCCUCCCUCUGCAAAAAGUACGGCGACAAGAGCGCGCGCCCAUGGUAUCGCGUCGCGAGCAUCCUGCUGGACCUGGACCUGCUGGACGCCGCCGAGCGGAGCAUUACGCGCGGCCUGGCGCUCGCGGCGCCGGACGCGCGCCCGCCGCUGCAGGACUUGCGCGCGGCGGUGCGCCGCAAACGCGCGCUCGUUGCUGCACGGCGCGACGCGUGCGCCGUCCAAGCCGCGGCCGCCCGCAAAGCCGCCAUGUGCUUCACCCACCUCCUCUCCCCCGACAUUUUGUAUCUCGUCGCGCGCUCCGGCGGCGCCGACGCGCCCCUCCGCCUCGCAGGCGUGUGUCGCGACUGGCGCGCCGCGAUGCUGGCGCACACCUCGCUGUGGCGCGACUUGCGCCUCGCGCGGCGCCGCCCCGCCGCGAAAGCCGCGCUGUGGAUGCAGCGCGCGGGCGGCCGGCUGCGCCGCGUGGAAAUCACGCGCGCCGUGCCGGACGCGGACGCGGCCGCCGUCGCGGCCGAGCUGGCGCCCGCGCUCGCGCACGUCGAGAGCAUCACGUUCGCCGACCUCUCCGACCCCGCCGCGGGCAAGUACGCUGCCGCGUGGCGCGGGCAGUGCCGCGCCCUCCGUGAGCUGCGUGUGCGCGCGCACACGAUGGCGGCGCGUCUGUCGAUGUUUACCCUCCUCCAUCCCGACUGCGGGACGCUCGAGCGCGUCGAGAUGACGGGUCCACACCCCGGCGCGCUGACUGCACACCCGUUCGGCAUCGGCCCGCCGUUCCCGCUCGCGCCGGCGCACCUCGCGUCCCUCCGCCACCUCGUAAUCGGGCAGGGGACGCUGACCGCGCAACAGCCGUGGGUGCUUGCGCUCGCGGCCGCCGCGCCGCGCCUCGAACACCUCGAAGUGCGCUGCACGACCCAGUGCACCCCCGCCGACGCAGACGCAGACGACCCGGACCCCCUCACGCUCGAGCACCUCACACACUUGGACGUGUGCGACCGCCUCGCCUUGCAUCAGCCGGGCGAGACGCUCCUCACGCCCAACCUCGCCUCGUACUCCGCAUGGAACUGGCACGCACGCUCGGCCCCCGGCCCCCCGUUGCCUGUGCUCGACGUCCUCCGCAGCCUCCCGCGCACACUCACGACGCUCGACAUCGGGCGCUGCGCGCUCGACCAGGCCGCGCUCCUCGCCCUCCUCCCCGACUUUACGGCGCUCCGCUUCCUCAACCUCUCCUUCUGCGGCGUCGACAACACGCUCCUCGAAGCGCUCGUGACCGGCCUCCUGCCCACCCUCAUGGCCCUAAGUCUCGCGGGACACGACAGCCUCUCCGCCGGCCCGCUCCGGCGGCUGGUCUUCUCCCGGCUCGGCAUCGAGCCUGCGCCAGCGCGGCCCGCUGCGCGCCCCAAGUCGGCCUUUGCGCCAAAGCGCAGAGCUCCACAGCCCAAGCCCGAGCCCCAGGCCCAGCCCGAGCCGGCCCGGCCACGCACCCCCAUCACCUGGAUCUGCGUGGACCAGUGCAACGCCAUGGCCGUCGACAUCCUCGAUGCGCUGCGUGCCCACGUGCCCUUCAUCUCGAACCAUAACGGCGCGCUCGUUGAGGACCGCGUGCGCGGCCGCGGCGCGUACGCUUGGGACGUGGGCGGCGCGGACGCUGAGGCGGGCGACUGCGCGCCCGCCGGGUGCCAUCUGCGCAAGCGUCGGCGCGACGACGGCUCAUGGUAUGUGCACCACGACAGCACGUGCAAGGCCGCGCGGGCAGAACGGUAGACAGUAGGCGGUAGCAUGCAUUACAUAGAAAGGG